GUUGAAUCUUCCUCUUUCUUACUCACAUCUCAAAAAUGGCUUCUGAGCUUGCUACUUCGUACGCUGCCUUGAUCCUCACCGACGACAACGUCGAGAUCACCUCUGACAAGCUUCAGACCCUCUUGAAGGGUGCCAACGUCGAGGUCGAGUCUAUCUGGACCUCCCUUUUCGCCAAGGCUCUCGAGGGCAAGGACGUCGCCGCCAUGUUGUCCAACGUUGGCGCCGCUGGUGCUGCCCCCGCUGCCGGUGGUGCUGCCGCCGCUGCUGGCGGUGCUGCCGCUGCUGUGGAGAAGGCCGAGGAGAAGAAGGAAGAGCCCAAGGAGGAGUCUGAUGACGACAUGGGAUUCGGUCUCUUCGAUUAAACAAUCACUCUUCAACAUGUGCAAUAAAACACAAGCUGGCUUUGUCCAUCCCUCUUACAGAUGAUUGCUGCUGCUGCUGCUUCUAUCCUGAAUACCUUUGUGUAAUGUCAUCUUGGUUUGACUUAACAAUGUGUUUUUCAAUUCUGUGUUGUUGUUUUUGGACAUAAGGGUCGACUUUCA